AUGGUCGGUGCCCCUUCCGAGUUUUCUUCAUCAUCGGCUUCAUCAGCAAGUUCGGAGGCGUCAUCAGCUGGGACAGUAUUUUACACGCCGUCUCCUGCAGGGUCAAACCGACAACUAUCACGGCCUCCGACUGGGGUUGGGGAGUUUCUGAGGGCACCCUCCACGAGACCUGCAUUUCCAAGGAUCACUGAUGAUGCUUUACUGGAACAUAUUUGGGGACAGUCCUUUGAUGAUUCGCUUUUUUGGCUUCGUCGCAUCGGGUUGCAGGGACUUCCUCAAUAUGAGACAGCACCAUUGUCGGAACUUAUGCCGACACAGAACCGUUUACCCAAUAAUCUUGGGGUACGACGACCUGUCAUUGUUGAUGGAACCACAGGUUGGAGGCAACGUCAAUAUCGCAGGGCCGCUGCCAACAUGGACCUCCCCCUAUUGCUAGAGGAGAUGGGGAGAUUACGCGAGGAGGAACUUCGUAUCCUAGAGGCCCGUCGCCGUAUCGCAAAUCUUCUUCCUCCGUGGAUGACAUUGACAGCCGACGAGCCCAUAAGACUAAAUAUCCCUCCUAUUCCUCCUCGGCAAAUGCCGGUUAACAUGGAGUUCCCAUUGCGGGUAUUAGAGGACACCGAAAGGGACAAUAUCGCAAAUGGCUUUCCGCAGCAUGUUAGACAGCGUUCUAGCCAUGUUAGGCAACGGUCUAAUCAGGUCAGAGAGGAAUCCGACGAGGACCCGUUCUCCCAGGUCAACCCAUUUCGCCGAGGACGGAAUCUCCCUAGAUAG